UAAAAGGACCCUUUUGUCGUUAUUUUCCAAAAUAUCUGCAAGACCCCACAAUCAAAACAAAUCGACCACGCGUGCUUUUCCCGCAGCAGUGACGUCACGUAAACCCUCCCCUUCCCCGCAAGUAAACAGAAAACAUUGGGGAAAACGUCCAUGACAGUCGCCGUACGCGUGCCUGAUGCGGGGCAUACACUGUGAGAGAUGAAAGCGGACGUUAAUUUGGCGUUUCCCGUGUGUUUUUAGCAAACUUGGGGGAUUUGGGGGCCAGCUGACUCGCGCUGGAGCGAUGAAGGGAGAGGCGGAAGUGAAGUCACUUGACAGACCGUCCAUGUUAUUAUUGUUAUUUUGGUAGCCCUGUGAUGAGACGGGCUGGGGAGCCGUUGGUCUCCGAGACAACGACCGUUAACGUUACCGCAGGCCGCCCCGGACCGACACCACCCUCACCACCUCACUGACCCGGAGACAGGAGCCUCGCUGACGGCUGGGGCGGGGGGGGAGGGUGUGAGGACCCAGCUCCAGCUCCAGCUCGGCUCUUACACUCCGGCCGACCAAAAAUAAAACGGCGACAAAAACAAUAACGGCGCUCGUCAAACGGCUCGACUGGUGUCUGUGCGGCUUGUAGCAGGGACGUGCCGCCGCAGAUAUGAACGGUAUCACCAAGGGCCGGUUCGAGGUGUUCUCAAACAGCGAUGAAGCCCCCAUUAACAAGAAGCUCCCCAAAGAGCUUCUUCUUAGAAUAUUCUCCUAUCUAGAUGUGGUUACACUCUGUAGGUGUGCCCAAGUGUCCAAGGCGUGGAAUGUCCUGGCUCUAGAUGGCAGUAACUGGCAGAAGAUUGACUUGUUCAACUUCCAGACAGACAUAGAGGGGCGGGUGGUGGAGAACAUUUCGAAGCGUUGUGGAGGCUUCCUGAGGCAGCUGAGCCUCAGGGGCUGCCUGAGCGUGGGAGAUGCCUCCAUGAAGACAUUUGCUCAGAACUGCAGAAACAUCGAAGUGUUGAACCUGAACGGCUGCACCAAGAUAACAGACAGCACCUGUCUCAGCCUCAGCAAGUUUUGCUCCAAACUCAAACAGCUGGAUCUCACCUCCUGUGUGUCCAUCAGCAACCACUCCCUCAAGGCCCUCAGUGAUGGCUGCAGAAUGCUGGAGAUGUUGAACCUGUCAUGGUGUGACCAGAUCACACGUGAUGGCAUUGAGGCUCUGGCUAGAGGCUGCAAUGGUUUACGAGCACUGUUCCUCAGAGGCUGCACACAGCUGGACGAUGGAGCAUUGAAACACCUUCAAAAACACUGCCCAGAACUCACCACCAUCAAUAUGCAGUCUUGCACACAAAUAACAGAUGAAGGCCUGGUCAGUCUGUGCCGAGGAUGCCACAAGCUACAGAUCCUUUGUGUGUCUGGCUGCAGUAACAUCACUGAUGCCUCCCUCACGGCAAUGGGACUCAACUGUCCCCGACUCAAGAUCCUUGAAGCUGCACGAUGCUCCCAUGUUACGGAUGCUGGGUUCACUGUGCUGGCCAGGAAUUGUCAUGAGCUUGAGAAAAUGGACUUAGAAGAAUGUAUUUUGGUGACAGAUAACACCCUGGUUCAGCUGUCUAUCCACUGCCCUCGCCUGCAAGCCCUGGUAAACAUUUACACCUGCAGUUCUGAUUUUAUGCCAGGUUCUACCUCAGCCAAUCUGCAAGCGUUUGGAGCUUUAAUCCUUAUAUCUGUGUGUCUUCAACCCUGUCUGCCGUGCCCUGGACAGUCCCUGUCCCACUGCGAGCUGAUCACAGACGAUGGCAUCAGAGCUCUAAGCAGCAGUACCUGUGGCCAAGAGCGCCUCACUGUGGUGGAGCUGGACAACUGCCCCCUCAUCACUGAUGUGACCCUGGAGCACCUGAAGAGCUGCCAUCGCCUAGAGCGCAUUGAGCUCUACGACUGUCAGCAAGUCACCAGGGCUGGCAUCAAACGCAUCCGGGCCCACCUUCCAGAGAUCAAGGUCCAUGCCUACUUUGCUCCAGUGACACCUCCUCCCUCUGUACAUGGAGGUGGCCAGCGUCUGUGCCGCUGCUGCAUCAUCCUCUGACAGUGGAGGGCCAGGGGGGGCCACCUCUGUCUACAGGUCCUGCUGCUCUGAUAUGGGCUGAAAUGGGGUGGGAGUGGGGGAACUGGGGAAGGUGUAGGGGAGAGGAGGGGCUGGACCCGCUCACUGCUCCUGAUCACUGAUCAAUACAUAGACUGAUCGCCACUGAUCCCUGAUCAGUUGAACCUGCCCCUCCUCUCCUCUUGCUCAACAAUCAGCACUGCAGCAGCAUCUGGUUUGGGUGUGGUGGGGUGGAUGGAAAGAACAUGGACAGAUGGACUCUCUCUUUUUCUCUUUCUGUCUCAUUCUCUCUUUCUCACCAUAAAGGCAAAAACAUGUUCUCCACUCCAUUCUGCUCCUCACACCCCUGACUCCCCACCUGUGGGCGUAGAGGACUGCAUCUGGACAGCUGGAGUUGGGGGGGAGGGCUGGUCUGAACAGUGGAACUACAAUGCAUCAUGUUGAAACAAAAAAAAAAAAAAUGACGAUAUUGUCAUCUUGGACAACUGUCUGUGGAGUAUCAUCUCAACCAAUCACAUGACACCUCUAUGUGACCAUCCUGUGAUUCAUUCUGCUUUGACCAAUAAACACGCAGCAUGGAGGGAGGUGAGAGCUGGGUUGUGGGAAAUGUAGAUCUUCUGGAUAUAAACAGUGAAGCUUUCGCACAGCCAGCUCAACUCCCUAGUGUGGAAGAGUUGAGAAAAAAACAGGAAGUACAGAAUGAGACGUGUGACAUAUUUGUGCAUCUGAGAAACUUUUGUUGAGA